AUGGCUCUCUUCUUCGAUUGGUUCUGCUUUCGACAUAAUGAAUGUAUUAUGAACAUCGAGCCGGCAAUGCUCAUCAUUACCAAUAACCUCUCCUCUACGCGCUUUCAACCGUUCGCCCUCUCUAUGUUGGAGUUUUUCGUAAAGACUGCGACCAACUUUCAUCCACUCCUAACGGAGAGGUUUGCUUUUUCAAUUCGGGCAGGCAUUGACGACAGCCUACGUCUAGGUGUUAUUCGAUCAAUUAAUCCCAUUUUGGACACACUGCUCCGGAUUGCUCCGGAUAUCUACCGCAGCUUCACCACUCUUAUUGGUCCUUUGGUGGACUCCACCCUCCCCCUAUCAUCCGCUCCCGGGGCCAGUGGCGUGGGCAGCUCCACCGCCGCACCGGGAGAAGCAAACGCCCUCGAACUCGGAGGAGGAGGCAGUGGUGGUGGUGGUGGAGGAAGCUUUGACGGUAAUAAAUUCCACCGACCUCACUCCACAGUUGGCCUCUCUAAGUCUCACUCUUCUGAUCUUUUAAGCAGACCCAGAGAUGCGAUUGGUCACACCUCGGCAAUUAACGCAUCCGCUACUGGUUCACCGACAGAUCCUCGUCUCCGUCGUGGAAGCCUUCCGAAUGUUGCACCCCCAAAAAACGGAGCCUUACCCCUUCCCUUCAAGACUCAACAGCGUCCACCGUCGCCGGAAGCUUUGGGCCGAUUUUCACCUCCGCCUCUACCUCUGAUCGAUCUCUCCACCUCUGAAUUCACAUCUCCGGAUGAGGUCAAGAAAGGAAGUGCCAACCAACAGCAGUCGGAGAGGAAAACACGCCCACAAUCGCCCCCACCACCCGUGGCGGUGUAUCCCGCCCUCCCGCCUCCGCAAGAACUCUCUGCGUUGCCUAGCAAUUUUGAGACUCUGGCUUCACCGGAAUGUCGUAUCGGAGCCAACUCUAGUGUGGACACUAUUCAGCAACGCAUCGACGAUUUGCGUCGGAGAUUUCAGUCCUACCAACUUCGCUACACGUACAGGAUAAAAACAGACGUUAAUGUGUUUGACAUUCUCGGUCAAUUUGUCGGUGAAAUUCAUGAGUACUUGGAGAAGUUGAUCUUCAAAGCGCGAGCCGUAGGUUUGCUGAGGGAAGUCAGUGGGUCGAACGAAGAGAGUAGAAGCUCAACACCUGCCUCCUUGUCAGACGAUGCAGGCCUUGCAGACGUGUGUGAGGCAAUGCAGAACCUCAUCUACUCCGUGCUGGAGGAUGACUUUUCCGACGAUUUGGCGAUGGUAGGUCGAAUCGCGGAUGUAAUUAGCCAGAUCUGUCUACCCCUCUUCGACAAUGUCGCGGAGUGUGGUGAUGCAGCGGCCCUUGAAAAUAACAGAGUUGGUAGUGUUCUUCUGCCCUCGCACAUGCCUAUCACUCAAGAGAAGAUUGAUGGCAGUCUCGCCUCUCCAGUGUUCGUGCUGCUUCGAAAUCUGUGUGAAAUGAGUCGAUCUAAUGCGAAACGCGAGAUUCUUCUACUUCUACUCACCGAGAUCCAGAUUCGGCAACCUCGAAUCGGUUAUCAUUUGCUUUACUACCUCACUGUCAGCACCGUAAACGAAGACAGAAUGGCGGCUUAUAGGAGUUUUUGUGCAAGCCAGGAGAACUCUAGUUUCCUUGUGUGUCUCUAUCGCGAUCUGCAGCUGCUUGCAGAUGACAACCGAUUUCUUUUCUGUUUUCUUCUACCAACAAUCUACAAUGUCUUCGCGACCGAUCUCGCUAACAAUCCGGAUUUUCUUCGCCUAGUCGUUAGCAAAAUAGACUCCAGUCAGGUAAAUUACCUUAUUAGCGAGAUUCUUCGUGGGCAUCUCAACCUCUUCCAUCGAUCCGAUAUUACGGACGUCCUCAAAGCGAGUUUGGAAUGGAGUUCGACGGAGCAGUCCUUCUUCUGGCAACUCGUUGGCGCUCAUGAAUUGCCCACUAAGCAUUUCCUUCCCCUCAUCUCUCUUGUCGAUGGACAAAAGCACUCCGAGGCGUGUUCCCAACUUCUGCUCCUUCUGCAGCUCGAAAAACCAACGAACGAGAUAGUGCGUCUCCUGUUGACCCGCGCAGCCUCCAGCCUCAAUUCCACCGUAGCCGCCUCCAACACAGCUGAUGACCUCCUCUCCGUCACCACGCUACACUACUGGGGUCGUCCAGGCGGUGCCUAUGCCCAACGUUUUGCUGAAAUUCUUGGCUCCAUGGUGACAACUGCAGUGAACACCCUGCGUUGCGCUCAUGACGCUGAGGAGGGAGGCAUUGGCGUCGCAGGUAGAAAAAGAAACGGUCCAAAGGCUGGUUGCGGCAGUUCGGAUCAGAUGCCUCUCUUGAUCUCCAUUCUUACACAUUUAGAAUGCAUGCGAAGAAAUUGCAAAAACAUCUCGAUGCUACAAGCGGCAGAGCUUCAAACCUCCCUACAACAGGUCAUCCUCUCCACGGGAGUUCCUGCUCAUGUGAAGGACCGUUUUGCAGAACUCCUUAGCCUAGUAGAGCAUGACGCCAUGGAGACUGUCCAGACAACAUCAACCACAACUAGGGCGGGUGGAACAUCACGAAACAAUAAGCAGGAGGCUAAGGAAGUUCUUGGCACCGGGUCCUCGAAGGGGGGACACAGUCUCCGCAAUCUCGAUUCGAGACGCGCGGCUGAGGUGGAACGCAGAAGAUCUGCUGCAUUAGAGAGUGGAAAAAGGAAGCUAACACGCAAGAAAUGGGACGAAGAAGAGGGUGAGGGCGACGACAGUUCGGACUACUCAAACAACAACAAUAGUACUAACAACACCACCAGCAACAAUAAUGCCAAUUCGGAAGAAGAUAAUGAUAGCGAUGGAGCCCUGGCAAUUGACGACUCUAUAGACGCUUCGGCCAACACGGAAAAUGAGAAACAGGAUGCCGUUGCCCCUUUGUCGUCUUCUUCCUCGCCUAAUUCCCCCAACGGCGAUAACAAUAACUCGUCAAACUCAUCAGGAUCCGACUCGGGAGAUGAUGAUGACGACGAGGAGGAGGGGCCUGUGAUUCGUGGCGGGAAGCGUUCGGCUAAGGGUCGUUCUGUCUCCACAAAGAGGCAACAACCACCUGCAAAGAAACGCGCCACUGCGAGGACUCGCAAAGCGGCCCCGAUUGCUGUCGACUCAGAUGAGGAGGGAGGCGAGGAGAGUGACUCCGAAGAUGCACCUCGUGUCACGGGGCCCUCGAAGAGACGCAAAGUGGUUUCUCGACGGCUCCUCGACGAUUAA